AGCAGACCUUCAUGGUGUAAGCAGGAGUAUUUGUCUGCCAUGCAGUCGAGUCAGUUGUCACAGCUAUUAAUGACAAAUUAGACACCAUAAGAUUUCCCUUGGAAAGCCUGAAUUGUACAAAGUACAGUUUCUACAACAAAUGCGGGUUGCCAAAUGUCAUAGGAGCAAUUGACGGAACGCUUAUUCCUAUACAGGCCCCAGCAGAAAAUGAGGCAGCAUAUGUUUGUAGGAAGGGGUUUCAUGCCAUAAAUAUGCAAGCUGUUGUUGACAGUAAUAUGAGAUUUCUGGAUAUUGUUGCAAGGUGGCCUGGAUCUCAACAUGAUUCUUUCAUCUUCAACAAUUGUGGAUUGAAGGAUGUUUUGGAGUCUGCUGAUUUAGGAUAUCUCCUUGGAGACAGUGGUUAUCCACUCAGGAGUUAUCUUAUGACACCAAUCUUAAAUCCUUCAUCAGUCGCUGAAGUAAACUUUAACAAUCAUCACAGUUCUGGCCGUUCUGUUGUAGAAAAGGCUUUUGGGGUUCUUAAAUCCAGAUUCAGGUGUUUACACAAGUCCGGGGAUGUCUGAUGUUGAAACCAAGCAAGUGCUGCAAAGUCGCAGAAGCUUGUGUGAGGCUUCACAACUUCUGUAUUGAUUUGACAGAUACCACUGAAUGAAGAUUUGGCAGAAAGUGACACCAGUGAUGACAUUUCUGUAUGCCAGCUGCCACCAUCAAGGUCUGGCUCGGAGAAAAGGUCACGGCUGGUCCGAUUAUUUCAAUGAAAUCAUUUAUUUGGAUUUGCUGUAAAUGUGUUUUUUCAACAUCAUUUUUGGCAUUUACCGAAAUAAUAAUGUAGACCAAGGAA